CUCAAUCAGCCACCGGCAGCGGCGGCCCACAAUUUGCGCGUGUGCAACUCAACUCCCGCCCAAGCUUACCUUACAAUUUGCGCAGGCGCAGAUCCUAACUUUGGCGUCCCUGUGGGCGGCCUCUUGAGUGAGUCGCACAGUAUUCUGGGAACGUCGGAGACGGAAGUUACUUGGUCUUUAGCUCCCGGGGCUGGUGGCUUCUGCGCGCUUUUUGUCUUUGAUUUCGAGUUAGGAGCUCGGGAACCGUUAUGGCAAUAUGUACGACGCGGAUGAGGAUAUGCAAUAUGAUGAGGAUGAUGAUGAAAUCACCCCGGAUUUGUGGCAAGAAGCAUGCUGGAUUGUAAUUAGUUCCUAUUUUGACGAGAAAGGCUUGGUCAGACAACAGCUGGAUUCUUUUGAUGAGUUUAUUCAGAUGUCUGUUCAAAGAAUUGUGGAAGAUGCUCCUCCUAUAGAUCUACAAACUGAAGCUCAGCAUGCUAGUGGAGAAGUUGAAGAACCGCCAAGAUAUUUGCUGAAGUUUGAACAAAUUUAUCUUUCCAAGCCUACCCACUGGGAAAGAGAUGGUGCUCCUUCACCAAUGAUGCCCAAUGAAGCUAGAUUAAGAAAUCUCACGUAUUCUGCUCCGCUUUAUGUUGAUAUAACAAAAACAGUCAUUAAAGAAGGUGAAGAACAACUUCAGACUCAGCAUCAGAAAACUUUUAUAGGAAAAAUUCCAAUUAUGUUGCGGUCAACUUACUGUCUUUUGAAUGGCUUGACAGAUCGUGAUCUUUGUGAGUUAAAUGAAUGCCCUUUGGAUCCUGGUGGCUAUUUCAUUAUUAAUGGAUCAGAAAAGGUUCUGAUUGCCCAAGAGAAAAUGGCAACAAACACAGUUUAUGUGUUUGCCAAAAAGGACUCUAAAUAUGCCUACACAGGAGAGUGUAGAUCAUGUCUGGAGAAUUCUUCCCGACCCACCAGUACUAUAUGGGUUAGCAUGCUGGCAAGAGGAGGACAGGUAUGGACUGGAUAUGAUGUUAUUUGGGUUUAUUCCUUUGUGCCUUGUUUUAAAAUUCACUAGACUGCAUUCUCGGUCCAAAAAAGCUUUUCUGGAGCAAUAUUGUUGUUAUAUAUUGUAUCGUUUACCUAUCGCUGUGUGACAAAUUACUCUUCCAGCAACAUUUAUCAUCUCACGGCUUCUGUGAGUCAGGAAUCUGGGUGCUGCUUAGCUGAAUCUUUUGGCCAAGCAUCUCUCACAAGGCUGCAAUCAGAUGUUUCCCUGGGCUGCCGUCAUCUCAAGAGCCAUUCACAUGGUUGUCUGCAGGAUUUAGUUCUUGAUUGACUAUUGGACUGAGUCUCAGGUCUUUGCGCGCUGUCGGCUGGAAGCCUUUCUUAGUUCUUUGCCAUGUGGACCUCUGCGUAUAGCAGCUGACAGCAGCAGAGCAGCUUGCUUCUUCAGAGAGAGUAAGCAAAAAGAGCUAUAGAGAGAGAGUACAAGCAAGGUAGAAAUCAGUCUUUUAUAACUUAAAAGUUGUAGCAACAUUCUGUCAUUUUUGCCAUGUUCUUUUUGUUAGUUGCAAGUCACUAUGUCCAGCUCACACUGUGAGGAGGAUAUUACAAGGGCAAUAGUAGGAGGCAGGAAUCACUGGGUACCAGCUUAGAAGUUGCAGACCACUGGUAUAGUUAUAAGCAUAGGUUGCUUAUAAUAAUGGAAUCUAGUAGUAGCUAGCAGUUCUUAAAUAUUUGCUGUAUGCCAAUUCUGUUACUCAGAUUGCUUGAUUUAAUCUUUACAGCUAUCUUGGAAAACCUCUAUUUCAGUUAUAUGUGUGUGUG